UCAUGUGAUGAUGUCCUCUCUCCACGGAGUGUGACUGAAUAUGCGUUAUUAGGAUGUUUACUACUAACACAUUCGAUGAGCUGUAUCCAAAUAAAGGAUGCUGUGAAUUAUCCGCUUGUGAUGCCGGAUGUGCGCAUGCACUUUGUGAUCCGUGAUAAUCUAAUGGAUACAAAAACCCAUGCAGCAAAAAAUUGGCAAUAUUUCAAUAAUGACGAGGUUGCGGUAGAUAAUGUAAACAAUGAAGUCCAAAGCAAAACUAUAAUCUACAGUUUUGAAAUGAUAUUGAGGGAAUCAGUAAUGCUACUUGAGAAUAAAAAUUUGACAAUUACUAUGAACAUCAAGCCAGUGGCGGGCGGUGUAAAAUAUUUAAGUCGCGAAAUUCUCCUUAAACAAAACAUGAAUAUGCUGCACGACUUUAGGGCAACACAGGAUACCGCUGCAUCCACUAUGACAGCUUCAAUGUUUCAGAAUAAUUUUGAUAGUUGCCAAUCUUGCCAAAUGCGUGAAAAAGCGAAACGCAAAAGCCUGGAAUCAAUAAAAAAUCAAAUAUUAAUGCGUUUGCAAUUGUCUCGUUUGCCCAAUAUAACUAAACCCAUCGCUGUGCCCCAUAUUAUUAUUGAUAAGUUUUACAAAAACUUUAAUGGCGUUCUAGUAGGGAAUAGAAGAAGUGCCACUCUUCGUGAUGUAGGAUGGGAUAAGUUUUCCAACACGCAUUUGAGUGCUCCGAGGCGAAUUGAAAAAGAUGUGCCCUUCUUACCACACCAUACCGAGCAUGCCGCGAAUUUUUUAACACAUGCACGCCAGUUUCCAUAUGGCCAGCAGCAAUAUUAUCAACAUUUAAAUAAUCAACCGAAAUAUAAAACAUUCCACAGACCACAAAACCAACAAUUACACAAUUCUCGCGUAGCUAUUGUAAAGGAUAAUAGGGAUACAUUGCUGGAAUUAACUGAUUUGGAAUACCACCAACACGAUGAUGUACAGAACGAUGAACAUCAACAGUACAGAAAACAGCAACAAAUUUUCAGCAAAAUACAGCAACAAGAACUGACUAAUUACGCAAAAGGCCAUCUGCUUAAUACAGAAGAAAACGGAAGAUUUUAUCGAGCGUCGAACGAUGACACCUACACUACACAUUAUGAACACAUAAAAGACUAUGAUGAUGAAUCUUACUCGCAUGUGAAUAGCAUUUACAUUUUUCCGACGACGAUAAAUCCUGAGGCUGUUAAUGUGCCUAUUUGUGCUGAUGGUAAGACUAGCUGUAUCUCGCGCGCUGCUAACACAACAAAUCCAAUGUCAACAACUGUGUCAACUAUUUCUGCUGCCAACAAUUAUACAUCGAAUGCUGCUGCUGACGCCUCCGCUGCUAUCUCAUACGCUGCUGCUGCCUCUGCCUCUGAGGCUUUGUCGCCGUCUGUUGUGACUUUCGUUCGCAAUCGCUCUCAGCUAUUGCCUCGCCCAAUUGUUGCUAGUGGAGUUGAUGCUCCCUCCGUUAAUGUUAAGAGCGCAAAUAAUAAUUUACCUUCGCGGAUAAUUGCUUCUCAACUUCCAAACUCUUCGCAGGCUCCCACUGAUUCUGCCUGGGACUCUGUUGAGACUAAAGAGAGUAAACGUAAGAAAAAUCAAUUACGUGUUGUUGGAUCUGGUGUGAACAACGAACUUGAGGUGAAAAUCUUAGACCUCAUAUUUGUAAAUGAUAACAUAAACUACGAGAUCAAUGAAUGUUUGAAUUCCAUAACUCCUAAAGCAGUACGAACGCCGCGCUCGAACGGCUUAGCAGAGCACGUAAAUCAAGCAGUGUUGGCAUACUUAAGGACAGUGACUAACGACGCAAAGGACUGGGAUACACAUAUUCGUAUGGUGCAAUGGUCACUAAAUACAAAAGUUAAACUAACAACGAAAUUUGCACCGAUCGACCUAGUUUGCGAUUUUCCGCUUCGCGAUCUGAGUCGAAAUAACAUAUUGGCAGCGCUGCAAAUGGAAGAUGAGCAACUACAUAUGAACGGGCGACGAAGUGAAGCAAUUCGUAAUAUCAGAACAGCUGGAGUUAUAUGGAAGGCCAAAUUGGGCGCUAGACAUAAGAAACCAGUGCCAUAUAAGGAAGGGUCUUUGGCCCCCUUAGAAGUUCCACCACCAAGUACAGGUGAAUCCAGAAAACUCCAACCAAAGUUUUUAACUGACUUGACAGAUGAAGCUCAGCAAGAGAAUGAAAUCCUAAAUGAACACAAACGAGCACAUCGCAGCUCACGCGAAAAUAAACAACAGCUUCUACGAUCAUACGACUUUCCUAAAAUGCAAGCAAAAAUAGACUCCAUGUAA